AUGGAUAGUUAUUUUAAAGCAGCUGUCAGUGACUUGGACAAACUCCUUGAUGAUUUUGAACAGAACCCAGAUGAACAAGAUUAUCUCCAAGAUGCAAAAAAUGCAUAUGAUUCUAACUGCUGCUCAGUUUCUUCAGAGUUGGCUUUCUCACCACUAUCUUCACUGCUACCAAAGGACCAACAAUGCAUUAAUAGCUGUGCCUCAUCAGAUACAUUCUAUGAAACAAAUGAGAGUUCCCUAAAUGAUAAAACACUUGGGGGACUAACUUCUAUACAAAAUGAAAAAAAUGUAACAGGACUUGAUCUCCUUUCUUCUGUGGAUGGUGGUACUUCAGAUGAAAUCCAGCCUUUGUAUAUGGGACGAUGUAGUAAACCUGUCUGUGAUCUCAUAAGUGACAUGGGUAACUUAGUUCAUGCAACUAAUAGUGAAGAAGAUAUUAAAAAAUUAUUGCCAGAUGAUUUUAAGUCAGAUUCUUUGAUUGGAUUGGAUUUAUCUUCAGUGUCGGAUACUCUUUGUGUUUCUUCAGCAGACCAUGGUAAUGAUAUUGUCAGAGAACAACAGAAUGAUGUCAGCUCUGAAUUACAAAACAGAGAAGUCAGUGGAACCAAAGAAUUAGGUAUAAAAGUAGAUACAGCAAUUUCAGAUUCUUGUAAUUACAGUGAAACAGAAAAUUUAAAGGAUAAAAAGAUCUCUAAUAAGUUAGAACCAAUUGUUGAUUUUAAUAUGUCAUCUGCUUUGACUCAACAAAAUUCCAAAAUGUUUGAUGCCAAAAACAAUCUACAACACAAGAGCCAACCAUUUGAAUUAUUAAAAGAUGAUGGCUGUUUGGUAAAAGAGGAGGCCAAUAUGGCAGUUGUAACUGCUACAGAAUGUUUAAAAGAAGGAGGCGACUCAAGUGCUUUGUCUUGCAGUCUUCCAAAAAAUGAAGGUUUAUGCUUAAAUGAUUUAAAUUCAAAACAUGAAAAUUUCAAAUUACCUGACUUUUCCUUUCAGGAGGAUAAGGCUGCUGCAUUUAUAAAACAAUCUGCAAAAGAAGACUCGAGAAAUUUAGACCUUAAAGAUAAUAAUGACAUAAUUCAAAGUUCCUCUUCAACUUCACAUGUUUCAAGCGAAGAUGGACAGACCUCGUUAUCCUGUCUUCCAGUAUCUGGGUCUUUGUGUGAAUCAUUAAAUGAAAGUAAAGUGCAUGGUGAUUGUUUACCUCAGAAUGAACAUAAAGAUAAUGUAAAAGAUGCAGUGACCAUGCAUGAAGAAAUACAGAAGAGUAUUAUUCUAGCUGGGGAACCAUUCAAGGAGACUGAUUUUUUGAAACAGGAAAAAUGUAAAAACAUAUUUCUUCAGCCAUUAACUGAAAAGAUGGAAGAUAGAAAGGUAAAUCCUGACCAGGCAGUAAUCAGUGUUGAUUCUUUGGAUUACCCUGAUAAUACCAGUUCUUCUACAGUUACAGAAUCUAAAGUGGAGCUUUCUGACACUAAUGUUCAAGAGUCUUCUGGUUGUUGUGAAGGUUUCGCUUUUUCAAGCAAUGAUAUAGAUGGGCAAGACUUAGGUUACUUUAAUAUUGAUGAAGGCACGAAAAGUGGCACACUAAUUAGUGAUGCUGAACUUGAUGCCUUUCUGACAGAACAAUAUCUUCACACCACUAACAUAAAGUCUUUUGAAGAAAAUGUAAAUGACUCAAAAUUGCCAGUGAAUCAAGCAGAUAUAAAAGGCUUAGAUGAUGGAAACAUCAAUAAUAUAUAUUUCAAUGCGGAAGUAGGAGCUACUGGGGAAAGUCAUGGUAUUGCUAUGAUUUGUGAAACAGUUGAUAAACAAAAUACAAUAGAAAAUGGUGGCCUUUCUUCAGGGGACAAAGACACAAUUCUAAUUGAACAAGAGUUACCUACCAGUAAGUCUGAGAUUACAAAUGAAUUAUCAGUCUCUGAUACUAACAGUCAAUCUACUCAUGUUGGAGGGGCCAGACCAAAGCAAUUGUUUAGCCUUCCAUCAAGAACAAGGAGUUCAAAGGACCUGAAUAAGAUGGAUGUCCCAAAUAUGCCAGAAAGUGAAUCCAGCAUAGCAAAUACCAUUGUUUCAACUACUUGUAAUAUAGAUUCUACAACUGAUCCUCAGGUUAGCUUUGACUCUAAUUACAUUGAUAUAGAAAGUAAUUUUGAAGGUGGAUCCAGUUUCGUAACCGCAAAUGAAGAUUCUCUACCUGAAAACACUUGCAAAGAAGGCUUGGUUUUGGGCCAGAAACAACCUACUUGGGUUCCUGAUUCAGAAGCUCCAAACUGUAUGAACUGCCAAGCCAAAUUUACUUUUACAAAACGGCGACACCACUGCCGAGCAUGUGGGAAAGUAUUUUGUGGUGUCUGUUGUAAUAAGAAGUGUAAACUACAAUAUCUAGAAAAGGAAGCAAGAGUAUGUGUAGUCUGCUAUGAGACUAUUAGUAAAGCUCAGGCAUUUGAAAGGAUGAUGAGUCCAACUGGUUCUAAUCUUAAGUCUAAUCAUUCUGAUGAGUGUGCCACUGUCCAGCCUCCUCAGGAGACCCACACAUCCAGUAUACCUUCACCUACAACUUUGCCAGUCUCAGCACUUAAACAACCAAAUGCUGAAGGACCGGCCUCCAAAGAACAAAAGAGAGUAUGGUUUGCAGAUGGUAUAUUGCCCAAUGGUGAAGUUGCAGAUACAACAAAAUUAUCAUCUGGAAGUAAAAGGUGUUCUGAAGACUUUAGUCCUCUCUUACCUGAUAUGCCUAUGACAGUAAACACAGUGGAUCAUUCCCAUCCUACUACACUGGAAAAGCCAAACAAUGAGAUAGAAGAUAUUACAAGAAAUGAGAUAAUUCAGAGUCCUAUUUCUCAGAUUCCAUCAGUGGAAAAACUGCCUGUGAACACAGGAAAUGAGGGGUUACCUACUUCUGGUUCUUGUACAUUAGUUGAUGAUGUUUUUGUAGAAACUGAGGAACCAUCUAGUCCUACUGGUGUCUUAGUUAACAGCAAUUUACCUGUUGCUGAUAUUUCAGAUUAUAGGUUACUGUGUGGUAUUGACAAGUAUGUUUGCAAUAAGAUUAGUCUUCUACCUAAUGAUGAGGACAGUUUGCCCCCACUUCUGGUUGCAUCUGCGGAAAAGGGAUCAGUGCCUGUAGUAGAAGAACACCCGUCUCAUAAGCAGAUCAUUUUGCUUCUUGAAGGCGAAGGGUUUCAUCCUGUUACAUUUGUCCUAAAUGCUAAUCUGCUCGUGAAUGUCAAAUUAGUAUUUUAUUCCUCAGACAAAUGUUGGUACUUCUCUACCAAUGGAUUACAUGGCUUGGGACAGGCAGAAAUUGUUAUUCUAUUGUUACGUUUGCCAAAUGAAGAUACUAUUCCUAAGGACAUCUUCAGACUAUUUAUCACCAUAUAUAAGGAUGCUCUAAAAGGAAAAUACAUAGGAAACUUGGACAAUAUUACCUUUACUGAGAGUUUUCUCAAUAGCAAGGAUCAUGGAGGAUUCCUGUUUAUUACACCUACUUUUCAGAAACUUGAUGAUCUCCCAUUACCAAAUAAUCCUUUUCUUUGUGGAAUUCUUAUCCAGAAGCUGGAGAUUCCGUGGGCAAAAGUUUUUCCUAUGCGUUUAAUGUUGAGAUUGGGUGCAGAAUAUAAAGCAUAUCCUGCUCCUCUAACAAGUAUCAGAGGCCGUAAACCUCUUUUUGGAGAAAUAGGACACACUAUUAUGAACUUACUUGUUGACCUUCGAAAUUACCAGUAUACCUUGCAUAAUAUAGAUCAGCUAUUGAUUCAUAUGGAAAUGGGAAAAAGCUGCAUAAAAAUACCACGGAAAAAAUACAGUGAUGUAAUGAAAGUAAUAAAUUCUUCUAACGAGCAUGUCAUUAGCAUUGGAGCUAGUUUUAGUACAGAAGCAGAUUCUCAUCUAGUCUGUAUACAGAAUGAUGGAGUUUAUCACACACAGGCCAACAGUGCCACUGGCCAUCCUAGAAAAGUGACAGGUGCAAGUUUUGUAGUAUUCAAUGGAGCUCUAAAAACAUCUUCAGGAUUUCUUGCUAAGUCCAGCAUUGUUGAAGAUGGCUUAAUGGUACAAAUAACUCCAGAGACCAUGGAUGGCUUGCGGCUAGCUCUACGAGAGCAAAAAGACUUUAAAAUUACAUGCGGGAAAGUCGAUGCAGUGGACCUGAGAGAAUAUGUGGAUAUCUGUUGGGUAGAUUCUGAAGAAAAAGGAAACAAUGGUGUUAUCAGUUCAGUGGAUGGAAUAUCAUUACAAGGAUUUCCAAGUGAAAAAAUAAAACUGGAAGCAGAUUUUGAAACUGAUGAGAAGAUUGUAAAGUGUACUCAGGUGUUCUACUUUCCAAAGGACCAGGAUUUAUCUAUUUUAUCAACUUGUUAUCAGUUUGCAAAAGAAAUAGCCAUGGCUUGUAGUGCUGCACUGUGCCCUCACCUGAAAACUCUAAAGAGUAAUGGAAUGAAUAAAAUUGGACUCAGAGUUUCCAUUGACACUGAUACGGUUGAAUUUCAGGCAGGAUCUGAAGGUCAACUUCUGCCUCAGCAUUAUCUAAAUGAUCUUGAUAGUGCAUUGAUACCUGUGAUCCAUGGUGGGACUUCCAACUCUAGUUUACCAUUAGAAAUAGAACUGGUAUUUUUCAUUCUAGAAAAUCUUUUUUAGUGAAAGAAUGUGCUAUAUUAUAUACUGCAAACUGAUUUGUUAAAACUAACUCUAGCCCUAAAGCUGAAAUGCCACAAACACUAAAAGUAAAUAUGUCUGAUGUUUGAAACACAUAAGCUUUGCUCUUUAGGCAGAAAUGAUCUUUUUAAACCAUUAGCACAAUAUUUAAAUAUCUAGAAAUGUAAGAGAUCAGUUUUUUAAGCUUUACAAUUAAGUACUGAAAAGACAAGGAUUUCUUCUAUCUUUAAGAAAUUUAUAGCAUUUAUUGUGUUAUUUAAAUGCUAAACCAAAGUAUCUGCACUUAGGUAUACCUCUUUAUGCCAAGAAUGAUUUUAAUGAAGGCCCUUUUCAGAUGUAACCUUAUGAAGGAAAUAUCUGUUUUGUCUAUAUGCUGGUUAGAAUACUGGUUUCUAAAGUCUGUCAAAAAUGUAUUCCAAUGGCACAGGCCAGU